ACAGGUACCUGGGCUGACCCUCGGAAAACACCUCCAUGAUGGACUGGGACAGUCCAAAAGCCCCCCCAACCCCCCGUGCUGGCAACCACCAGAAGCCCCCGAGCAUGGAGGAAAAGGGAUGGGGCGAGUGGGACUUUGAGGGGGACGAAGGGAAAACGGCCGAGGGUCCCGAGUCCCAGCUAGUGACCUCGGCGGCCCCCGACCCUUGCAGUGACCGCAAGAAGGGCGACUUAGGUGGCUUCGACCCGAACGUCUUCCCCACCCUGGACGACGGCAUAGCCACCUCCCGGCCCCCGCCCGGCUCGGUGGGGGACCGGGAGGGGAGGAUGGGAGGUUUAGAGGGGGACGAGGCAAGGAAAAAGGAGGAGGAACAGGAUAAGGAAUGGGACGAGGAGGAGGAGAAAGAGGGGUCGGGUCCGAGCCCCAGCGAGGCCCUGCAGGCCAUCCGACUGCUCCAGAAGUUCUACCGGGCGCUGGAAACGGAACCCAGGAUCCUGGCGCUCCUAAAGUUCCUGGAAGGCGACAUCGAAAACGUGCACCUGGCCCAUCCCAGGAAACAGGUGCCGGUGACGUUCGAGGACGUGGCCGUGUAUUUCUCGCGGGAGGAGUGGGCGGCGCUGGACGGGCGGCAGAAGGAUCUCUACCGGGACGUGAUGCGGGGCAACUACGAGCUGGUGGCCUCCCUGGCGUCCGCUGGGCACCGAGCCAAAGAGACGGAAAGGGCAGCAGAAGGGUCGCGGGUUAGCGCGAUAAAGAUGGAGGAACUGACCGUUAAUAUAGAACUAACCCGGGACCCUCCAUUUUCACUGAUUCCCCGCGAACAUGGCCUCUCCCCCGAGCCCGACCUCGAGACGCAGAUCAAAAGGGAAGAGGAGCCGGGCGUCGGAGACGGCGGGCGUCCGGACCCGGAGGAUGUGCCGACCGUCACCUUCCCGGAGGGCGGGCCGGACGGUGAGCCCAGCAGUGUCCUCCAGAGUCUCGCCGUGCCCGUGGAGCCGCCCGGGGCCCGGCCCCCACCCCCUCCCGUGCCCUCGGCCUCCCCCUCGCCCGACUUGCGGGAGGAGACCCCCCUCGCGCCUCCGGACCGGACGAGCCCGGGGGCGCCUCGGCCCCGAGCCCCGCGGGAGACCGACCCCCUCGGGGAAGGCCAGCAGCAGCACGGCGUCGCCGCGGAGGCCUCCCCUCCCUCGCCCGGCCGACCGUCCCCGCGGGCUCCGGGGCCCGAGGGCGAACGGGCGGAUGGUCGGAGGGAGCCCGGGGGGCUGACCCGCCUCGUGCCCCCGGAGGAGUCCCUGGCCGGACGCGUGCCCCACGCCUUCGAAGCCAUCGACGUCCAGGGGCUGCCCUCGGGCACCUUCCCGACGGGGGACUGGCUGUCUUGGGUCAGCGGCCGGGCCCGCUCGGCCGCCCCGGGGCCGCCGGCGAGGGUCCGCGCCUUCGUCUGCGGCCAGUGCGGCAAGGACUUCCACCACAAGCAGGACCUGGCCCGGCACCAGCGCACCCACACGGGCGAGCGGCCCUUCCCCUGCCCCGACUGCGGCCGCCGCUUCGUCCAGAAGACCCACCUGAUGACCCACUUCCGGAUCCACACGGGCGAGCGGCCCUUCCCCUGCCCCGACUGCGCCAAGAGCUUCCGCAAGAAGACGCACCUGGUGCGGCACCGCCACACCCACCUGGGCGUCCGGCCCUUCACCUGCCCGCACUGCGCCAAGCGCUUCGGCCAACGGGAGGACGUGGCGCGCCACCUGCGCUGCCACUCGGGGGACCGGCCGUUCGCCUGCGCCGAGUGCGGGAAGCGCUUCGCCUGGAAGAAGAACCUGACGACCCACCAGCGGCGGCACGGCGGCGAGCGGCCCUUCGCCUGCCCCGACUGCGGGGAGCGCUUCGACCGGAAGAAGGGCCUGCUCGGCCACCGGAAGACCCACGGGGAGGGGGGGUCGCCCGCCGGCGCAGGACCGCCCCGCCGCCCGCCGCCCCCCAAGGAGAAAGUCUUCCCCUGCCCCGUGUGCGAGCGGCGCUUCGGCCACAAGCAGGACCUGGUCCGCCACCACCGCGUGCACACGGGCGAGCGGCCCUUCGCCUGCCCCGAGUGCGGGAAGCGCUUCAGCCAGAAGGCCCACCUGGUCACCCACACGCGGGUACACACGGGCGAGCGGCCCUACCCCUGCGCCCGCUGCGACCGGCGCUUCAGCAAGAAGACCCACCUGAGCCGCCACCAGCGCGUCCACGCCGAGGAGGGGCCGGGCCCCGGCCGGGAGCCCCCGCGGAGGCCGAGCCCGGCCGGGGCCUUCGCCUGCCCCGAGUGCGGGAAGGGGUUCGGCCAGGAGGCCCACCUGGACGCCCACCGGCGCGGGCACGGCCGGGGGCACGCCUGCCCCUGGCCCCAGUGCGGCCAGAGCUUCCGCCUCAAGUCCGCCCUCCUGGCUCACCAGAAGGCCCGCCACGGGAGCCGGCCGCACCCCUGCCCCGAGUGCGGGAAGCGCUUCGGCCUCAAGCAGGACCUGGUGCGGCACCGGCGCAUCCACACGGGCGAGCGGCCCUACCCGUGCGUGCUGUGCGGCAAGCGCUUCAACCAGCGGACCCACCUGUUGGCCCACCAGCGGACCCACACGGGCGAGCGGCCCUUCCCCUGCCCCGACUGCGAGCGCCGCUUCAGCAAGAAGGCCCACCUGGUGCGCCAUCAGCGCGUCCACGCGGCCCCGCAGCCCCGCCUGCGCCUGCUCGGGAUGGGGACCCUGCCCCUGGGCGACCCCGGCUCGCCCGGCGGGGCCCUCCGGGACGAGACCAUCUACGUCUUCCGGGUGUGA